UGGUGCAUAUAACUGAUUCCCAUUUGUAAACAAAGCAUGAGCGCAUGCGCAGACGGUGCAGACGCAGAGGCAGACACCAAUCAUUUUAUCAGACCGGUGGUGGCGGUGCAAAAACAGUUUUGUGAAGAUUUGUAACCUGUUCAGUGAAAAUGGGUGAUAGUGGAGAAGCAGAUAUGAAGUUGCUGUUGGACUUGAUACCAGAGUUUGGAAGGAAGUGGGUUCAUGUAAAAGAUCCCAGGAAAGUUCGUGCUCUCCUAGACAAAUUGGAGUCUGGUGGUGUAAAUGCUUUGCAGGUGAUUGCUGAUUUUGAUCAUACUAUAACGAAGCAACAUGUGAAUGGUACACGCCACACCUCUAGUUUCUGUGUUAUAAAUAAUUGUAAUGGAUUACCGUCACAUUUUAGUGGGAAGGAUAGUGAACUCCUAAAAAAGUAUCUUCCCAUUGAGAGAGAUCCACAUUUAACAAAAGAGGAAAAGACACCAUUCAUGGUUGAGUGGUACACAAUGACUAGUGAACUCUUCCGUGGUUUUCCUCUAGAUUCUAGUGAAAUAUCAGAAGCUGUUAAAAAAUCUAAUACAGAGUUAAGAUCAGGGUUUCAAGAUCUAGUCACUACUCUUGAUUCACUUAAUGUGCCACUUCUUGUAUUCUCUGCUGGCCUGGGUGACGUUGUGGAUGCAAUUUUGAAAAAUCAUGGAGUGGCCAACAAAAAUAUCCAUGUGAUAUCAAACUUUUUAAAGUAUAAAGAUGGGCUUGUGAAUGGUUUCACAGCUGACAUUGUCCAUCCUUUUAACAAAAAUGGAAAAGCAGCUGAGCACACAAACUAUUUUCAGGAAAUGUCAAGUCGCCACAAUGUGAUCCUGAUGGGUGAUAAUCUUGGAGAUGCUGAAAUGGCUGAUGGUGUUCCCAAUACAGAUGCUGUAUUGAAAAUAGGAUUUUUAUACGGCGAUGUUGAUCGCCUUCUUCCCAAAUAUUUGGACCAUUUUGAUGUAGUUCUUGUAGAUGACCAGACUAUGGAUAUUGCAAACUCAAUAAUUCAACUCAUCAAAAAGAAAGCUUAGGACAGGACAAAGUUGCCUGCCUGGAUCUGAAUUGAAUCUACUUAUGAUUAUCUGUGUGAGCAAUCAUCUCUUUCAUUGCCUUCUUUUUUGUGUGUGUGUUUUAUUAAUACAUAUCUUUGGAUUUGACCAAAAGCAGGGCUGUUAGCUUGCGUGAUUGUUUGAUUAAGAAACAAAUAUAAAAACAAAUAUAAAUCAAACCUGA